CCAUAAACAAAAAUGGCGGACGUUGACAAGUGGAUAGAAAUUGCAAAAGAGUGCAAAUAUUUGCCUGAAAGUGACCUUAAGAAAUUAUGUGAAACUGUGUGUGAGUUACUCUUAGAAGAAGGAAACAUCCAACCAGUAUCAUGUCCAGUGACUGUAUGUGGCGACAUUCAUGGACAGUUCUAUGACCUAGAGGAACUAUUUAGAACGGGUGGUCAGGUUCCUGACACCAAUUACAUCUUUAUGGGCGAUUUUGUGGACCGAGGUUACUAUAGUUUAGAAACACUCACCCGGCUACUCUCCCUUAAGGCAAAAUGGCCGCACAAGAUAACUCUUCUAAGAGGGAACCAUGAAUCACGACAAAUUACACAAGUGUAUGGUUUUUAUGAUGAGUGCCAAAACAAGUAUGGAAAUGUAAAUGCUUGGAAAUAUUGCUGCAAAGUAUUUGAUCUCCUCACUAUAGCUGCUAUCAUUGAUGAUGAAGUACUCUGUGUCCAUGGAGGCUUGUCCCCAGAAAUUAAUACUCUCGACCAGAUCAGAACAAUUAAUCGAAAUCAGGAGAUUCCUCAUAAAGGUGCCUUCUGUGACUUGGUAUGGAGUGACCCAGAAGAGAUUGACGCCUGGUCUAUGUCUCCACGUGGAGCAGGUUGGCUCUUCGGUGCCAGAGUCACUCAUCAGUUUACGGAAACGAACAACCUAAAACUCAUCUGUAGAGCUCAUCAACUUGUCAAUGAAGGUAUCAAGUACAUGUUUGAUGGUAAACUGGUAACGGUAUGGUCAGCUCCCAACUACUGCUAUCGUGCUGGUAAUGUAGCCUCCAUUCUCAGCUUUACAUCAACCAAUGAGAAGCAUGCAAAGUUAUUUGAUGCAGUACCAGAUGAUAAGAGAGUAAUUCCUCCAGUACACACAACACCAUAUUUCCUCUGAAGCGAGGUGCAAAACAAGAAUCAUUGUUUAUGUAUAUUUGUCAACAAAUGUGUUUAUCCUGCCUCCAUAUGAACGGGUAUGUGGUAGGAGUUUCCCCUGGUCAGACAGAUUAUAUUUUGUUUAUUUUAUGGCAUACUUCAUAAAAAUUAAAAAAAAAAUUCUUGUGUGCAGUCUUCAAGUGCAGUGUUGUUUGUAUUUUAUUCAGUCUAUAUUCUGUAGAAAAACUUCAUUCAUGUAGUUUUGAUAUUAACUUCAAGAAAUAUUGUAGGCACAUAGCAAUUAAUAUAUAUUUGUCUAUUUAUUAAUUACUUUUGGCAGGGGAAACCUCUUCACCUGAAUGUUCAAGUGUCAAGGGUCUUUCAUGACAACUCCCAAGACUGCCUGUUUUCUAGGUAUCUGAGUAAGGCUUAAUCCAUGUGCCUUGAUGCUUGGAUUGGAAUGAGUGUCGCUGUUCCAUUUUGUGACUUGGUUUCUGCGACAGUUGUGAUUGGGCUAGUUUCAUUCCUUUUUAUUUGUAAUUAUUGUUGCAGUUGUUAUUAUAUAUAUAUUUUUUAAGCCAAAGUCAUUUUAUUGGGAAACAAAAUUAGACACUUAUUCCAUCAAAAUUUGCAAAGCCAUCAUGAUUUGAUAAAGUUGGGUCAAAUCAAUGAGGGCUGAUUGUUCUUUGUUACUUAAUGGUGCUGAUCAUGCUGAUGCUAAGGUAAUUUUUUUUUUCUGAAAAUCUGGUUCCUCCCAAGGAAAGUUCUAAGCCAGUAUGCAAUUAUUUUAUCAUCUAAAAUGGUUUUCUUGCUCCAUACUUUCAGUUCAGACAGGCAGUCUUAUUGUAAAUGGUUCUGUUCUAAGUGCAAUAAUAUUGCAUCAAAAUUUCAGCACUGCCAUAUUCAGUAAAACUUGGGCAAAACCAGUAUUUCCUCUAGAUUUUAUUAUAUUCUUCAUAAGUUACAAAAGAUUGGAGGGAACAUACCACCAUUAAGAAUGCAGAGAAGCAUAUAGAGACUGGUGAAAGUAUUAAUUGGGAGGUGAAGUUCACACGUGGUGUAAAUGAUCUCUGUUUUAUGUGAAGGUGUUAAAGGCUAACUGACAGUGUUUUACAAACCAGUAUGGAGACAUGAAUUUUAAAUAGCUAAGGUGAUACAUGCACAAAAAAUAUUUUUGGUGUUAUUUACUCCUUUUUGUCGCAACCAGUAUGAGAUCCACUUCUGUCACAUUGACAGUAGCUUCUUGGUGGCAAGGUAGGGUAGUUUACUGAUCAUUCCUCUUGCAUCUUAGAGUUGGUAUUUGAAAUACAGAUUCUCUUCAGAUGAUUAGUUUCAUGUGAGCUCAAUGAGACUGUAUUUACACAUGGAUUGGCUGAUAUAAUUUACCAUUGCAUUUUUGUGCACUGAUUAGAUGUUAUCAAAGGGAUGAUGAUUUAUAAACAUGAUUGAGGUAAUAUUCUAAAAAUAACUAGACAGUAUUUUACUUAACAGGUGUUUCUUAACCCCUCAGGAGUUGAAAAUUAAGCUAGUUUAGGAUGUUUAGAGUUCAUUGUAUUUCAAGAUUUUUAUAGCAUUGAGCAGAUUUGAAGUGAAUGGUAGGUUGGGUGAUAGGCUAUUUAUUAUGCUCAGUUGAAGAUAGACUAGUCAGUGGUCUAUGAUACUGAAAUUGUAGAUCCGUGUGAGACACUCAAUUUUAAGGAGUGUAGUGCUUCCUAAAGUUGAGGGCAUAGCUCAAUUUAACUUAUUUCAUUACUAAUGGGAGGCCUUAAUAUUUUUGCCUUUGCAACUAGAUAAAUAUCGAAGUUACUGGCAGAUAUGUAUGUUACAUAAAUAGCGUUUUACCGAAACCUGUUUAUUUUUCGAGACAAUGUGAUAUACUUCGAAGCUGUAUACCAGUGAGGGAAAUCUACAAAAGUCUUUUCAGAUUGCAAAUGGAAUGAUGAAAAAAUCUUGAAGGAUUUGGGAUUUCACUCAUGCCUUGCAUUUGUCAUCUUGAACACCAUUCACAUGUGGAUUUCUUGUUUGUACCAGUGGCCGAGAGUAGUUAGUUGCGAUGGAUGUCAGUUACCCUCUAAGACCCCACAGAUUUGAGUUUAGAUUGAGAUGCAUCAUCAUCCACUGACUGUUACUGUGAUGUCAACAUUACCUGUGUAUUCUAGUUAUACUCAAAUUUCCAAACCAACAGUAGUCUGUGAUUGUCUUCAAAACAUAUUCAACAAACUUUCAUGAUACAAAAGUUUCUAAAUAAAGCUUGCGACGAUUUAACUUUCCUCAUUCAUACCUCUUUUUUUUUCUGACAUAUAUUUACAUGUAAAGCUUGUCUUUAAGAUGGUUCUUAAUAUUUAUUUUUUUAGCCUAAGAAAUGAAGGCACAUACAAGGUACAAAGUAUCAAAUUGUUUUUCUUAAGGGAAUAAAGACAAAUAUAGUAUUGAUGGCCUCACCCAGAGCAAACAUGGAAAACUAUAUUGUGGAGCUCUUGUUGUCUUUUUUUUUUUUAUAUAGAGAAUAAUGGAGAGGUGUUUAAGGCUAUAAGUAAAAUUGGGUGUUAAUUCAAAUGCACAAGUAUAUUUAAUUCUGAAUGUGUAAUUAGUCAUUAAUUUUUAAUGAUUAAUGAAUACAAAGUAGAUGCAGCCAAACAUGGAACUACCCUAAAUGGAUAUUUUGUAAGCAUUAUUUGAUUCAUUUUCUCUUAGUUUUUGUGAACAUUACUUGCCUAAAAAAGGCUGCAAAUGCCUACUGAUACUUAUAGUUUACAAUGAGUGACAUAGUUUAAGCAGGAAAGAUAUUUAGGAUAUUUGUAUGGGUAGUCUUUAGCCAUGUAUUAAGUGUUGCUAUAUUAUAGCAAAACUGCAUUGGGUCUCAGUUAUAGUAUUUCAUUUUUUCCAUGUUCCUAUACCAAAAUAAUCCUGUGAUGAAGAUUCUGACUUUGGGAAGAAUAACAAUCUGUAUAUAGUAUUCAAGAAUCGAAAAGAUAUCCCUCAGAGUGUAAAAUCUUAAAAUAAAUAUGCUUAACAUAAAA